GGCCAGAAAGAAAAAGAAAUAAGUACUCCUUAACAUAGAGUAAUUUGUGGAAAAAGGAAUGGAGUCCUUUGCUUCAAAAACUUUCCUAAAACAAAAAACAUAAACUCAACCAAUAAAAACAAGCCACCUAAUUUUCUCUCUCCUUUGACUUUCCUCCCUAACCCCAAACGCUCACACCUAUAAAUUAAUUUUUCGUUCCUUUUCAACACCUAACUAACAAUAAUAAUCCCACAACUUUCUUUCUUUUUCUUUCAAUUCUCUAAACCCAAAAAAUAAAAAAAAAAUAAAAAAUUAAAAUUAAAAAUUAAAAAUUUAAAAAAAAAAAUGAAGGGAGGAAAACGAAGCCCAGUUCAGGCAGUGAAUGUAUGGGUUCGGCGACAACCACCGAAGAUGAAGGCGUUUCUUGCGGUGGUUGUCGGAAUGGCAGCUUUAGUGUUUCUUCGUAUGGUUGUUCAAGAUCACGACAACCUCUUUGUUGCCGCCGAAGCUGUUCACGCCGUUGGUAUUGCCGUCCUAAUUUAUAAACUCACCAAGGAGAAAACUUGCGCUGGACUUUCUCUGAAAUCUCAAGAACUUACAGCUAUAUUUUUAGCUGUUAGGCUGUACUGUAGCUUUGUGAUGGAAUAUGAUAUUCACACAUUACUAGAUACAGCUACGCUGGCAACAACUCUCUGGGUUAUUUAUAUGAUUCGAUUUAGACUGAAGUCCACUUAUAUGGAAGAGAAAGACAACUUUGCAAUCUAUUAUGUGGUGGUACCUUGUGCUGUAUUGUCUCUUCUUAUUCAUCCUACCACUGUCCAUAACAUUGUCAAUAGGGUUAGCUGGGCAUUUUGUGUCUACCUGGAGGCUGUUUCAGUGCUACCUCAGCUACGAGUCAUGCAAAACACAAAGAUCGUUGAGCCCUUCACGGCUCACUAUGUUUUUGCUCUGGGGGUGGCAAGAUUUUUGAGCUGCGCACAUUGGGUUCUUCAGGUCUUAGAUACCCGUGGUCGCUUGCUAACAGCUCUAGGCUAUGGUCUGUGGCCGUCAAUGGUGCUGCUUUCUGAAGUCGUUCAAACUUUCAUCUUAGCAGAUUUCUGCUAUUACUAUGUGAAGAGCCUUGUUGGUGGACAGCUUGUGCUACGCCUUCCCUCAGGAGUUGUAUAAAUUAAAGUUUAGCUAUGCGAGAUCAGAGUAGAAAUACCCAAAGGCGUUAGUCAGGUGCUCUUUGUUAAAUCCGCCUUUUUGUCACUGUGAAUUUCCUGUACAAACAGCGUUGUCAUUUCCAGCAAGUACUUGUGAAUUACUGAGGAGGUCCUAACCAUGGAUUUAUCUGUUCUGGGAAAUACAUCUCAUAUGAACUUUUGUACUGUGAAUUAGACAUUCUGUCUUGUGUUGCUUUUAGUCUUAGUUAGAACUUUUAGCUUACCUUCUUCAAUCGUCUCAAGGAACUUUUCGGCUGGUUAUCAAUAUGCUAACAUUUUGAAAAAUCUGAUUUCCUGUUUUUAUUAUCUGGUUUUGUAGCAAAGCGAUAUCUUUAGCUUCUAAAGUCGUACAAUACCAAUAUUUAGCAGAUUUUGGUCUUUA